CGCGAACCCGGCAUCACUGAGCUCAGCAUCACCGCGGUUGUUGCCGCCGGAGACCGCGCCCCACCCCCGCCCGCCGGGCCCCGCAACGCCGGGCGCACAGGAGCCGCGGGCGGCGCAGGGAGGCGGGCAGCGCCCCGCGCGCGCUUCAGCCGCCCCCGGAGCCGGCGCGCCGAGAGUGUGGGGCGAGCGCGCGUCGGGCGGCGGCCGCGCUGGGGGGCGUGGGGCGAGCCGGCAAGGCGAGCGGCGGGGGCGAAACUUCGGGGGCCAGAUGCCCGAGGGCGCGGCGGCGCUGCCAGGCUGCCGCUGCUGCCCCUGCGGGCCCAGGGCGCGUCUCCGCAGGCGGUGCUGCCCGCGGCGCGGCGUGUGCACCCAGCGAGUGAAGGUAUGUGUGGCGGGCGCGGCUGGAGCUGUUGCCGCCGCCGCCGCCGCCGCGCCAGCAGGUCCUAAUGCCUGUCACUUCCCAGGACGUUGGCAGUGGCAGCCCGGAGCCCCCGAGCCCUCGGCAGGUUUGCCUGUCCUUCCCCGCGAUCUGAUUGGAUAAAGUGGGGGCUCGACGGUGGCCGACGUGGGACAGUCUGGCUGUGGCAGGGGUCUCGGAAACCAUGGGUUAUUGCAGUGGCAGGUGCACGCUUAUCUUUAUCUGUGGCAUGCAACUGGUUUGUGUGCUGGAGAGACAAAUAUUUGACUUUCUUGGAUAUCAGUGGGCACCUAUCCUGGCAAAUUUUGUACAUAUUAUUAUCGUCAUCCUUGGUUUAUUUGGAACUAUUCAAUAUAGACCUCGCUACAUAACAGGAUAUGCUGUCUGGCUAGUCCUCUGGGUUACCUGGAACGUGUUUGUUAUCUGCUUCUAUCUGGAGGCUGGGGACCUUUCAAAGGAAACAGACCUUAUCCUGACUUUUAAUAUUUCAAUGCACCGAUCUUGGUGGAUGGAGAAUGGACCAGGAUGUAUGGUGACGUCAGUGACACCUGCCCCAGACUGGGCCCCAGAAGACCAUCGCUACAUCACGGUCUCAGGGUGUUUUUUGGAGUACCAGUACAUAGAAGUGGCUCAUAGUUCCCUCCAGAUUAUCCUCGCACUGGCAGGGUUCAUCUACGCCUGCUAUGUUGUGAAAUGUAUAACUGAAGAAGAAGACAGCUUUGAUUUCAUAGGUGGCUUUGACUCUUAUGGCUACCAAGGGCCUCAGAAGACAUCUCACUUACAACUGCAGCCUAUGUACAUGUCAAAGUAAUACAGAUGACUUCAGUCUAUCAGCCCAUGGACCUCUCUAAGAACUUGUUUCGCAGUGGCCUCCUGCAUUUGAUGAAGAGCAAGAAGCAGAUGAAUUAAAUAUCUAUACAUAUUAACAGGACAGACACAUACACACACACACACACACACACACACACACACACACACAAAACCACGCACAAAUCAAUUCCACUUGACCUCUUUCUAAAUGAAACAGACAAAUAUGCAGGACACGCCCAUUCUGGAUUUCCUGAAAGCAGGCUCCUUUCUCCCAGGCCUUUAAAGUUCAAAAGGAGACGCGUUGGUGCCCCCUGCUGGCCACUAUUAACUCCUCUGCAGCCCUGCCAGUCAAGUCAGCCUCUAUGAGCUGCGAAGUCGUGGGGGCACAUUAGUUUGAGAGCCCCGUUUUCUGCACUCCACACAUCUUGAUAGCACCACAGCUACUUAGGCAAUGUAAUUGCAAAAACAAACAAAAACAUGCCACGAUGACCUUGUAACUGAAUUUUGAAAUGGCAGGUCGUUUGCCCUAAAGGCUGUACCGUACAUACUUGCCUUAACCCACCUGCGUUGUGUGCCCGAGAAUCUCAGUGCAGACAUCCCUGAGUCACUUCCUUUAGGCUAACACACUGCUAUUCAUUCCGAAUGAGUUCGAGUCUGUGUGUUUCAUGUCAAGAAACAAGACUGAAUAACUCAGCAGCUCCAGUGUGUCUGUGUAAGAAAACUGCCAGCUGUCAGCAAAGUGCAUUAUGUAACGUUGAACCUCCCUGGUGGCCAAAAAGAGACAAGUACCAAUAACAACAACAAUAAUAGUCAUCUUUAUAAUUCUUAGGUAUGGUCUUCUGAUGGGGUUGGGGUAGGACAAAGUAAAAUUUAUUAAUCUACUAACUCAUUAAUCUACUGGAAGCAGAAAGCAGAAAUGGCUUAACUCACUGAUUUUAUUUAUUGCACUCUAGGUGCUUUUAUAAGUAUCUACAAAUGUCUUUUACUAACACAGAAAACAGCUGUGGAUUUCUAUCAACAGAGGCCAACUGACUAUGUAUUAGCUAUGUUUACUCUUUUAUAUCUAAUUCAAAUGGAAGACCCAAUGUAGGUGAACUUUCUUUUCUAACUUCGGCAUACAAGAUUAUUUUUUGGG